UCCACGGGGUCCUGAUGCCCGGCACAAUCGAAUAAGGCUGGUCGUCGGUAGCAAGAGUCGCAGCAGGGGAGGAAGCAUAAAGAAAGCAGCAGUGAGUCCACCACCGGCAGAAUGAGUGCUACGGCGACAGAGCAAGCUGACAUCCUAACUGUGCUUGUCCUGGUCAAGGAACGAUGGAAAGUGGCAAAGAAGAUUGGUGGCGGUGGCUUCGGGGAGAUCUACGAGGCGUUGGACCUGCUGACCAGGGUCAGUGUUGCUCUGAAGGUGGAGUCAGCACUGCAGCCCAAACAGGUCCUCAAGAUGGAGGUGGCCGUCCUCAAGAAACUCCAGGGUAAAGACCACGUGUGUCGCUUUGUCGGGUGCGGCCGCAAUGAUCGCUUCAACUACGUGGUGAUGGAGCUUCAGGGUCGUAACCUGGCCGACCUGCGGAGGAGUAUGACGCGGGGCACGUUUACAAUCAGCACCACCCUGAGACUGGGACGACAGAUACUAGAAGCUAUAGAGAGCAUCCACUCUGUUGGCUUCCUGCACCGAGACAUCAAACCGUCCAACUUUGCCAUGGGCCGUUUUCCCAGUACCUGUAGGACCUGCUACAUGCUGGACUUUGGUCUAGCUCGCCAGUUUACUAACUCCUGCCAAGAGGUCCGACCGCCACGACCAGUAGCAGGUUUCAGAGGUACAGUCCGCUACGCGUCCGUCAAUGCACACAAGAACAAGGAGAUGGGUCGGCAUGACGACCUGUGGUCUCUCUUCUACAUGCUGGUGGAGUUCAUGGUUGGCCAGUUGCCAUGGCGAAAGAUCAAAGACAAGGAGCAUGUAGGGAAGCUGAAGGACACCUAUGAUCACAGGCUCAUGCUGAAACACCUGCCUGCUGAGUUCACUGUCUUCCUGGAUCACAUCUCUAACCUGGACUACUUCACCAAACCAGACUAUCAGCUGCUGAUGUCAGUGUUUGACAACAGUAUGAAGACCUACAACGUGGUGGAGAAUGACCCGUAUGACUGGGAGAGGACUGGGUCGGAUGGUACUCUGACCAUCAACGCCACAGCCACCACACCACAGCACCACACACGCCUCACGCCUGCACACAUGGGAAUGGCGAAUGCGUCCCUGGUCCCUGGGGACCUGGCGAGGGAGAACACAGACGACGUGCUGCAGGACGAGCAGCUCAGUGACAAUGGGGAGAACAACCCUCCUCCAGAACGCCUCCCUGGAUCCCCCAGCAUGCCCCGGGCCAACCAGGAAGCUGACGUCUGGGAGAUGCUGGACCGUGACCGCAACCGCAUCAGGACAGCUGUCUGGAAGGCAGCCACAGAGGAGGAGCACAGCAACAACCAGGGGGGUCUCCAGAGCCCACACGCCAACCCCAGUCUGGGCUCUCCUCUCCGGGUACACUCUGAGAUGGUGGGGGCCUCAGGGCAGGACGGUGGUGGUCCUCUGCUCAGGAAGCUUCGUAACAUCCACAGCUUUGAGCUGGACAGGAGGUUGACCCUAGAGGCCAAGCCCAGCCCUGAACGCUUCCUGGAGGGUUGUGGGCAGCAGCAGGAGAAGGGGUCUGAGGUGGGCCAGGGUCUGUCUGUACCCGCUGUUGGUGCCACAGCGCUAGGUCGAGCUGGUGGCUCUGACCGAGUCUGGCACUACGACGAGGAGUUCAUAUCUGGUGGUGGCACCAACGGGAGCUCGCCCAAACCUGUCUCCCCUCACUCCCCUGGCUCCCUGGAGCAAGGCGAGGGGGCACCCAGCAGCGGAGGCUUCGUGGCCCUCAACCUGAGCUCCGGCAGGGGGGAGGUGGACUCCAGGGAUUGGGUGAUGGUGGAGAGGCCCAGCGAGUCCCCAGGGACACGAACUGGGGCGAAGGCUACGACCAGCCCCUCUGAGGAGGAAGAAGAGGACCUGGAGGUGCUGGAGGUACCCCUGGGGGCAGGGGAGGGGUCAAGUGGGAGCCCAAGUCCUGGUCAGGUCCAUGGGGACAGGAAUGGGAACCUCCAGGGGUCACCAGGGUCCAGGAGAGGACCCCCUAGAGUGGACAGGCUGGAGCUGAGUGUGGGACACCCGGGAAGCCUGCCCCCCAUCACCCCGACUAGCCCUGCUGAGGGCCUGGCUGAGGGAGUACUCACACAGCUCCCCACCUCUCCUCCGUCCCUGCCUGAGGAGGUUUUGGCCAGGACGUCCAGUCCUCUGCUCCUGCGUUCCCCCAGCCCGCACACCCAGACCCUCCUCACCACCCUGUCGGACCCCCUGCACCAAAGGGACCCUCCUGGAAUGAGGCACAGCUAUUCAGCCAACCACCACCACCAACAGCACCUCCUCCGUCCCACCUCCUGUUCCUCCUGCCUCGCCUCCCUACCUCCAACACCUCACCCCGGUUCCGCCCGUAACCAAUCGCCCACCGGGCGCAGGAAACUGCCCGCGAUCCCGGCGGGUGCCGCCAACAGCAAGUUCCCUUCCGUUAUACGCAUCACACGUGCCCAACUUCAGCAGUUGACAGCUCAGCGUUCCCAAUCAGGCUCAGACAGUGCUCCACAUUGCCUCCUGAUGGAGAGACGAGGUGAAGCAGCAGCUGAGGCCAAGCAGCCGCAGGAUACUACUGCUACCGCUGAUAUCCACUCCUCCCAGGGCCAGGAGCACCUGCCCACCCCUAACCACACCUUUACCCAGCCUGGCAGCCUGCCCGGCAGUCCCACCACUCUGGAUGACCUCCUGGCAGAUACCCUGGUCAACGGAGGAGACACCCACACCAAAGCCCACAGUCCUGUGCCAAGCCGAAUGUCUUCUCCUCACUCCCCUCGCUCUCCCGUUUCUCCUAAUUCUCCCCGUUCUAAUUCUCCACGCUCCCCCCACAGCCCAGUGUUAGGGCUAGUCAACGGCCAUCUCUCUCCCCCAGCUUACGGCCAGGGGGAUGGCAGCAGUGGAGCCUUCCCAGAGCUGAAGGACCAUGAGAGUGACCAGCCCCGGCCAGACAGGGGAGAUGGGGUGGAGACCAGUGACCCAGCCCCAGCUUUAACCCCCUCCUCCCUGCCGUCCGCCCCCCGUAGGGACCCCUCCCGCAGGCUGAGCCGUAUCCCUGUCCUGGAACCCUCCAGCCUGCUGGACCUCCUCCCCACUCCUGGCUCUGCCAUGGAGAAGCUGCUUCAGAAGAAAGCCCACCACCACCAGGGAGGAGGCCACCACCCAGCCCCCUCUCCCACAGCCUCUCCCUCCCACCGCGGCUCCAUCAUGGCCUCACUCCCCCGCGGGGAACAGCUGUCCUCUGCCUCGGACCGCUCUGAGACGGCCGAUGAGUCAUUCCUGGGGUCACGCUCCGACCGCCAGGGGGAUGAUGCCCCCUCACUGUCCUCCUCCUCCAGCCCCCUGUCCCGUAAGAGCAGGAUCCCUCGCCCCGUUAACCUUCCUAACCCGGCCCCAGAGCAGGAGCGAGCUGCACAGUACCUACCACGCCCACCCCCGGGCAAGCCACCCAGUCGCCCUGCAGUGGAGGGCAGGCUGAGGCGUUACCGAAUUCGAGCGGGCAGCACCAGCGACUCAGACCUCCUGACCUGCUUGGCCCAGCUCAUGCACCAUGGUCAUGGUGGUGGUUCUGUCCGCGGCUCCCCCCACCACGGCCGCUCCUCAGCCCAGCACGGAGGCUCCCGGAUGGGCGUGUGUAGCCUGACCAGCUCCCCCCACCACCACCGGAGCUCCAGCGCAUCUCCACGCAGCUCCUCCUCUCUACAGCGCUCUGUCUCCUCCUCCCCCUCCCGCCACGAACACCGCGGGGGAGAGAGAGGAGGAGGGGUUUGUUUCGGUCGGUCCCGAUCCCCUCCUAGCUUCUCCGGGUCCCCCCCUCCUCCCCGGCGCUCCUACCCUCACCACCAGGAGACUUGCUGCGGUCGCCAGGCCCGCGCCGGCCCCUUCCACCAGCACGCCCCCAGGGGGAAAGUCUGCAGCCGCGAGGAGAGAGAGAGGAAGUGCUCCAGCAAGCUGAGCAGCAGAUAGUGGCCCACUGCUCAAGCUCUGGUCCAAGCCUGGCCCAUAGGAAGCUCUGGGCCUAUUUAUUAAAGUGUCUCAGGGUAGGAGCAGGUCCCCUCUGUCCAUGUAAUCUUAUUCAUGAAGUACGUAAAUAAUAAUAAAUCACUAAACUGAUCCUAGAUCAGCACUCCUGUCCUGAGAUGCUUUGUGAGUAGGCCAUGGGGGUCAGUGUUGUUGCCACAGCAGAGGGUGGGAUGUUCAUACAGACCAGACGAUCAUGCUCGGGAUCGAUGAGGACCUGAGGCCUCUGUCAGAGAAUACUGAACUUAAUGCCCCCCCCCCCCCUCUCCUCCCCGUUCAGUUUCUCCCCACACCCCGCUGUCCUCUAUCUCUUUCACUUGUAAAUCCUUCACUCUUUCUCCUCUCAUUCCUUCCAUUUUGUCAUUGUUUAAUCACUCAUUUAUAAGCCCACUUUAAGCGUUCAUACUUCAUGCAAAAAAAGUAUCCAGAUGCGUCAUGCUGUGUGGAAAAUGUAGGGGUACUUACUUCCCUCAUCUCCUCAGUGAAAGUGAACACACUCCGUUCAGAUUACCCUAGGACGCUAAUGGUGGAAAUUCAGUGGAUGAGCACUCAUGUAUUAAUCACUAACCAUUAUAUUGGCUUGUUCUAUUGUGUUUCCUCUGUACUGACCUAGGGAGCGCAGUGCAUAGCAGGCCUACAUGUAUGGCCAUGAAGCUCUCGAGAGAAAUGUACACUAUCUACAGAUCUUAUUUAUUUCUAUUUUGACGCGCCUGUCACACCAGUUACACACUCUCUCUCCGUCUUUGACUUCAGAUGUACUGUAUAGCGAGGGUUCUUUAUUUCGAAGGCAUCUAAAGCAAUCGAUCGAUCAAUGAGAGAAGUGAUCAUUUUGAGUGAUCCUUCCUUUAAUACAAUCGUAUAGUGUGUGUGAGCUCACACACCUACUUGUGCCUACUGUGUUGAUUGAUUGAUUGAUUGGGGGAACUUAAAUGUCAAAGUAAAUGUGUGAUUGAAUACUAGUAACUGGGCCUUGAUUCCCUUUGUAUGCUCCUCUUGAGGAAGGAGUCUGACUUUGCGUUCCAAUUCUUUACCCUUCUGCCCUGGACGUAAAAGUAAUGGGUUAAGAAAUAUGAUGGCAACCCUCCCUAGCCUUGCCCAUGCUUACACCAAUCCAGCGAUUUUAAAUGCAUGGAUGGGAGGGAACUGCACACUUGGGGAGAAUUGGGACGCAGCCUGCUGAUAAAUUAUGGUACUAUUUAUAACAGUAGUAGUGAAUACAAGGCAACACUAAGUUAUAAUGAUUAUUACUGUAUAAUAAAUACUUGUCUUAAUGUGUGCCUUGCCUUGGCACUUUGGGCAGCUCCUGGUUUCACUACAAAGUAGGCUAUGAUUCUCAUUUUUACAAAAUGACCCCCUGCAAAAAUUGUGCCAGCUGCAAAGACAGUCCUCUUCAUGUGAGUGUAACAUUACAUUAGUCACUACAAGAAAAAGGAAGCAAAGUGAAUGUUUUUAUUUUAUUUAUUCAGACAAUGUUUUAAGAAAGAACAUUUUUAUUUAAGAUAUUAAAGGAAGGGAAUGUUUUAAACUUAAACUUCGAUAUCCUGUUUGUCGAAAUUGUAUGACAGGUCCAAUAUUUAUGUCAAAAAAUGUCAUGCUAUUUAUGCCAUAUAAAUAUCAUGUAUCAUAUACCAAAUCAGUGUUUCAAACUUCCCAAAGGAUAAAAAAAGAAACAUGUUGCAAGAGAAUGUUUUGUUUCUUUUGUAAAGACAUACUGUAUGUUGUGUGCACUAUUACCUCAGAGUUAAUGUAUUGUUUGAGAACCAACCACAUUUUCAAUGAACACUAUCAUUUAAAACCGCCCUCACCUGACCUUUCUUAUACCUACUAAACCCCCCCCCCCCCCCCCCCCCCCUCCCUUCUAGCCUGAAAUCCAGAACCGGUCUUGUUCUGACAUUCCACUCCUUGUACUCCGUGUUAUUGCCCAACAUUGGAAUGAAAAGGAGUAGUAAGGAGUGGAAUGAUAGCAGAAACCGACUGAUACACAGGCUACCUCUCCCCACCCCUCUGCUUGUAAGAUACUGUGAUAUAACGAACUACUGCUUUCAGCACUAUUACUCCUUGCAUGCGCUGCCUACCAAGAAAAGAGAAAAACCAAACAAUCAACCAAUCAGUAAAGUAAGCAGCAUACCACUUCCCAUAAUGCAUUGUGAAUGUCUGAAAGGGAAUUCUUCUUCUUGUUGGAUAGUACCGUAUGUAUUUUGGUUGGAAUAUUUCAUUUGUUUCCUUUUCCAUUUCUCCUCACAAUCUCCAUCACUCUUCACUCUUAUCGUCCCACCUGGUCCACAGCAUUGAUCUGCUUUUCUAGCUCUCCUAACGCUCAUAAUCCUAGGAGCACUGCACUGACUGAUUGGGUAAUACACCUGAAAAAGGAUACUCCUAAAAAGGGAUCUAAUGUAUUUAUUUAGCAUCUGUUUGAUUGGCUUAUUAUCAUGAUGUGACACAUGCAUAGUACAGUAUGUAAAGAGGAAAAGACUUGCCUGGAGUAUUUACAUUAUACAACCUAGGCUUGGCGAAAUACCGACGGUAUAAUUUUUAAUAUCGUUUCAAAAACAACAAACAUUUUGUUUUUAUUUGGGGGGAGGGUUGGGGGGUGCGUGCUACGCCACUGCUGAUAACUAUAAGUUAAGUAUAGCUAUAAGAAAUCUAAAAUGUGUCAAAUAAAUGAUAUCCAGCUCAGGGCUCCAGCUAUGCAUUUAGUUUCCUAACUUGCUAGCUAAGUGGCAAGAUGUCAAGAUCAAGCUUCUUGGAUAUAACAGAGACAUUCAACUCCCAACUGGAUCAAGAUCCCUGUUGCCUAAAUUGUUUUGUGCAUCAAAAAAUCCCCACAAGGUGCACUGAAAAAUAAUAUGUAUAGUGCCCCUUGUGAGCACUUCCGGUAAUACUGUAUGCCCCGGUAUGGUACAUAAACGAUAAGACGGUAUGAAAAUCUGGUUACCACUCAAACCUAAUACAACCAAUAUGCAGUGGGGAGAUAUCUACUAUACAUACCACUGCUCUAUGAGAUGGACUCGAUUGCUCUGUCAUGAUAUACAGUACUGUAUGUCAAGUGAGUUGUUUUACUUGGUCCAUUGUGAUAGAUUGUCUUGGUACCUGGCUGCAUACAGCCUGGUGGCGUUCCAGGUUGCUUACAUUGCAGACAAGCUGAUACAGAUCGGAUUCAACGUAGAUCUCUACAAAUGUGGGCGUAGUGUUUAACAUAGCGGGAACCCCAUCAAUUACUUCAUGAUCUGAUGAUCUAUGCAACAUGUGGGCAACCUUGAAAACCCCCUCUGUCUCACAGGGUCGUCACUAUCUGGCCAAGUUGCAAAGUCAUAAGCCCUAGCCUAUUUCUACAAGUUCUCUUUUUAAAAUCUGGUUUUAAACCUAACCUUAAACCUAACCUCAGUGCUGACCUUAUGCCUAACCUUCAAUUUAGACCAAAAAGCUCAUUUUGUUUUUCUGCAGCCUGCCCAUCUAGUGGGAACCGUUUCACAGAGCAGCUAUGAUAUGACUUAUCCCAAGGCUAGACACAGACAGUGUUCAGUCAGUCAGUCGCCUUAAUCAUGUCUCUUCUCUUCCCUUGGCUGUGUAAGCAAGGGAUGACUGAACUAUGUCUGUCUGUUUGUCUACUCUGUGCUGAGGAUCACUCCACUGCUUAGCCACCAAGCUACUGUCAGGUUCUUCCAUAGACUGUAUAGGGUUCUCCCGAGUUCCUUUCCAUCCUUGACAGGUGUGUUGUCCGUCCCGUCUUGCCUGCCUUUACAGAUCUGUGGAAAUUAUUUAUCCAGCAAAUUAGAGGCAGAGUAUUGGUGUUUGCCUUUCAGAUGUAUAGCUUUUCUUUCUGUGGGCACCUCUGCUCUUAUCGGUCAAUAUGAUCCAAUCAAGUUGUCCGUAGGACUGGACAGAAUGUUUGAAGUCACCGGCAGUAGCCAAUAGCCAUUUGACCACUGAGCUGUGUCUGGAUUCUGGAAUCAGAAAUGAGUUUGAAGUCGUUUUUAAGGUGUAUGAUAAAGCUCUGUUUUUACAUCCAGAGAUUGUGAUACGAAUGUACAGUACAUAGACAGUAGUACCACACCAAGCAGUGAGUGAUCUGUUCAAUUCUAGGUUAUAUUCGGAACUUCCAUAAGCCAACUGACUUCAGCUGUAGUUGCUCAAAAUGUUUAAUAUAUAUAUACCUGUAAUAGGUUUAACGUAUUUAUUUCAAAGGUCAUCUUGAUUAACCGUAACUUGUUGCUUUAAUAAAAGGAACGUGCUAAAGGAAUAAAGAGUGCUGCUGAUUUUGGGAAAGUAUCAUUAAUCCAUUCAUAAUAUUAGCAUUUUAUUGUUAUUAUUGCACAAACAAAGUGGUAUAUUUAAGCAAUAAGGCCUGAGGGGGUGUGGUAUAU